UGCCGUGUCGCCUCGUCAUCGGUUUCGUCACUCCAACAAGAAAGAUAUCAGAAACUGAAACGCACCUCAUUUUCUCAUCAGGCGCUCACCGCAGCAUCUUUGCCUUUUACUUGAGAGCUCUCUGCAAAGCCAAAUUGCAAGGCCUUCCCCUUCGGCCUUCCUCUCUCUCCUCGCCAUUUUUCAGUUCGCUUCAAGCUUCAAUUUUCUCUUCUGGGUAACCUUGUUUUCAGCUUAUGGACGGCGGAUUCGAGCCCCAGGUUUCCAUUGACGACGACCAUUCUCACCAGAAAGUCAACUCUCUCACCGAGAUGGUAUCUGGGAAUUUCGGGUGCGCGCAUUACAGACGGAGGUGUAAGAUCAGAGCACCCUGCUGUGAUCAGAUAUUCGAUUGCAGGCAUUGCCAUAACGAAGCUAAGAAUUCAUUGGAAGUUGAUCCUCUUGAUCGCCAUGACGUUCCUCGCCACGAUGUGAAAAGGAUCAUCUGCUCCUUGUGCAACAAAGAACAAGAUGUUCAACAGCUCUGUAUCCAAUGUGGGGUUUGCAUGGGAAACUAUUUUUGCUCCAAAUGCAAGUUCUUUGACGAUGACGUUUCGAAGAAACAGUAUCAUUGUGAUGAAUGCGGUAUCUGCAGAACUGGAGGUGGGGAGAAUUUUUUCCACUGUAACAAAUGUGGAUGUUGUUACUCAAAUGCGUUGAAGGAUUCACACAAUUGUGUGGAAAAAGCAAUGCAUCAUAAUUGCCCUGUGUGCUUUGAGUUUCUUUUCGAUACAAGGGAAGACAUUACUGUCUUGCGAUGUGGACACACUAUACAUUUGGAAUGUGUAAAAGAGAUGCAGCGGCAUUUCCAGUAUUCGUGCCCAGUUUGCUCAAAAUCAUUCCGCGAUAUGUCCCGUGUGUGGGAAAAACUUGAUGAGGAGGUUGCGGGGACUCUCAUGCCUCUAAAGUAUCUAAAUAAGAUGGUUUGGAUCCUCUGCAACGACUGUGGAGAAAUAUCUGAGGUCAAUUUUCACAUUGUGGGACACAAGUGCCUCAAGUGCAAAUCCUACAAUACAAGGAGAACACGAGGAGGGCCAGCAUCAUGCUCGUCAAGGAUUACUGCAACGAUGAGGUGACUAACCUCUAGAUCAAAACUUAUGAUGUAUUACUUCCCAAAUUAUAUAAAAAAAGUCAGCGUUUAGUUGUGACGGGGGGAAAAUUGGUAUUGCCAGUCCCUCUGUUACCAAUCCCUCUGUUCUUAGGCCAGUAAGUUUCUCCAUAGGUUUAGUCGCAGGAAAUUUGGUCAUAUUUGAGACAAUUUUCGUAUGCUAAUGGGUAGGGAAAAGCAUUUUGCAUUUGAAAUGGGAAUCCAUUGUAUGAGGCUUCAUCAAUGGAAAGUGCUACAACGUUUCAGUAACUAUCAUGAAAUAAAUAUGUAAUACAGUUACAAAUAGGUAUGCAACUUCUGAAGUACAUAUAGAUUUA